CAUUUCCUGCACAAAUGAGAAUACCUUCCUGCCUGCUGUGUUUUCAGUGGGUGAGCCCGACGCUCGCAGCUGGCUGGAGCAGCACGUGGUGCCUCAGUACUGGACAGGAAGAGCUCCUCGCUUUUCACACAGUUUGCACUUGCACUCCAACCUGGCUGCAGUCUGGGACCACCACUUGUACACCAGUGAUCCUUUGUAUGUGCCAGAGGAGAGAACACUAGUCACGGAAACUCAGGCUAUACGGGAAACUCUUUGGCUACUUUCAGGAGUGAAAAAGCUUUUUAUAUUUCAGCUGAAUGAUGGAAAAGUGACUGUGCGGAAUGAUAUAAUUUUAACUCAUUUAACCCACAAUUGCCUGAGGUCUGUGUUGGAGCAGAUAGCAGCAUAUGGCCAAGUUGUGUUCAGGCUGCAGAAGUUCAUUGAUGAGGUGAUGGGACACAGCCCAGAAAACAUGGUGCACGGAACAGUUUCCACUCCAAAGAAGACUACUGAAGCCCCGUUCAGAACCUACCAAGCUUUCAUGUGGGCUUUGUAUAAAUAUUUCAUCAGCUUUAAAGAAGAGCUCACUGAAAUGGAAAAAUGCAUAAUCAACAAAGAUAAAACAGUCACACUUUCAAUAGUGAUAGAUAAGUUGUCUCCCAGACUGGCGCAGCUGAAGGUUCUUCAUAAGGUUUUCAGCACAGGAGUAGCAGAAGUGCCUCCUGACACGAGAAAUGUCGUACGAGCAUCUCAUCUGCUUAACACUCUGUACAAAUCUAUCCUUGAACAUGACAGUGUUGGAGAGGCAUCUGAGCAAACGGUGUCCCUUCUGUUUUCUCUCUGGGUUGAAACUGUGAGGCCAUACUUACAGACAGUGGAUGAGUGGAUAGUCCAUGGUAAUUUGUUUGAUCCUGCAAAGGAAUUUAUCAUUCAGAGAAACAAAAACGUUCCAGUUAAUCACCGAGAUUUUUGGUAUGCUACCUACACAUUGUACAGCGUGUCGGAAAAAACGGAGAACGAGGAGAAGAUGAGUGACAAUGCCAGUGCCAGCUCUGGCAGUGAUCAGGCCCCUUCGAGCAGGCAGCACACCAUGGUCUCUUUCCUGAAACCUGUGCUAAAGCAGAUUAUCAUGGCUGGAAAAUCCAUGCAGCUGCUGAAGAACCUGCAGUGCAGAGAGUCUCCGCAGCGCGCGGCGUCGAGGGACGCUGAGAGGAAGAGUUUGUACACACUGUUCCUGGAGUCGGUGCAGUGCCGACUGCGGCGCGGGGAGGAGUCUCCCCCAGGCAGCAUCACCGAGCAGCAGGCCACGAAGCAGAGCCUGAUAAAGAUGCAGUCUAUAGCAGAGAGGCACUUGGAACUGGAUGAUGUCCAUGACCCACUGCUGGCUAUCAAUUUUGCCAGAUUGUAUUUGGAACAGAGUGACUUUCACGAGAAGUUUACUGGUGGGGAUGUGUGUGUGGAUAGAUCCUCAGAAUCCGUGACCUGCCAGACUUUUGAACUGACAUUGAGGUCUUGUCUUUAUCCACACAUAGACAAGCAAUACUUGGAAUGCUGUGGCAAUCUGAUGCAAACUUUGAAGAAGGAUUAUAGGCUUGUAGAAUAUUUACAGGCAAUGAGAAACUUUUUCCUGCUCGAAGCUGGAGAUACCAUGUAUGACUUCUAUACAUCUAUUUUUGACAAAAUUCGAGAAAAGGAGACUUGGCAGAAUGUUGCUUUCUUAAAUGUCCAACUGCAAGAAGCAGUUGGGCAACGCUAUCCUGAGGACAGCACGAGGUUGUCUAUAUCAUUUGAAAGUGUUGAUACAGCAAAGAAGAAACUCCCUGUCCACACCUUAGAUGGUUUGACACUGAGCUACAAGGUUCCUUGGCCUGUGGAUAUAGUUAUAAGCUUAGAGUGCCAAAAAAUUUACAAUCAAGUUUUUCUGCUCUUACUGCAAAUCAAGUGGGCCAAGUACAGUCUAGAUGUUUUACGAUUCGAUGAACUAGUCUCUGCUGCAGAAAACCCACAAGUUAAGGAAGGAGCUUUGUUAGAACAAGGAACACUUCCUCUCUUUGGACCACAAACAGAAAGUAUAAAACAACAAAUACAUCGCAUGUUCCUCCUGAGAGUGAAACUCAUGCAUUUUGUUAACAGCCUGCACAACUACAUCAUGACUAGGAUUCUUCACAGUACUGGCUUGGAGUUUCAGCAUCAAGUAGAAGAAGCCAAAGAUUUAGAUCAAUUGAUAAAGAUUCAUUACAGAUACCUCUCUACAAUCCAUGAUCGAUGCUUGCUGAGAGAAAAGGUGAGCUUUGUGAAAGAAGCUAUAAUGAAGGUGUUAAAUUUAGUCCUGAUGUUUGCAGACCGUUGGCAGGCUGGUCUGGGGGCUUGGAAGUAA